AUGCGAGCAACUACCGCCGCGCGCAUUUUGGCAUUCGCCUCCUUCUCCUAUGAUCCUGUCUGCGGCAGUCUACUUCUUCGUGAUCUAAAUCCCGAAUGUGCUCCCGGCGGUAAUUUCAAUCUGAACCCAUGGCAGCUACAGCUUCCGACUGGACCGCCCAACAAUCCAACUCAGAUUCCUCCGUCCCAGCUCGUGGGUUGCGAUGGAUAUACGGACUCCCACUUCUUCACAGACGCCCAAGGUGAUGGAUCCAUGGUAAUGCAGGCUCCAGGGUCCAACUCAGGAUGCACCAAGUUCGUAGAGAGCGCCCAUUGCCGCACCGAAUUCACCGAGAUCACGGGAGACUGGGACCCAUUCGCCAGCGUCAACCGAAUGAUGGUGCAGAUGAAAGCGAUCCGAGGCAGCAACAUAUGUGUGGGCCAGCUGUUCCAAGCGGGUGGCGCACCCAACAAGCCUUUGGCCGAAAUCUAUUACUACAGCGAUGGCACGUUCCAUGUUGGCAACCCGCAGACUCCUCCAGGAGGCAAUCAAGUGUUGCAGACGCUCCAGGGCGUGAAUGUGCCACAUAACCAGAUCUUCAAGAUGGAGCUGCGAUAUGAAGAAGGCGUUGCCAGUAUUAGCAUCAAUGACGGGGGUUUUAUCAAACUAAAUAAGAAGUUUGACCCGCCGAGAGCGUUUUUCAAGACGGGCAAUUAUAAUCAGGCCGACGAUGACGCCUCUGUCCAUGUAUAUAGCUUGGACGUACAGCAUGAAGCAUGA